UGUAAAUGUAUGUACAUUAGAAAUGUGUGUAAUAUAGUAUUGCUUAUGCAAGAGUGCAUACUUGUACUUCAUCUGACUGAGUAGGCUAUCUUACACUGGCUAUUUAUGUCGUGUAUUUUUGCCUCAUUUGUUAUGAUGCGGGGGAUCCUUCAAUAACUACUGUAUCCCACUGUAAAGUCACCUUACCUCAACAUGUUAAAGGCAUUUGAUUUCAGUUCACUCAGUUUGGCAUAGAAGACCUGAGAAAAGCACCACAGACGCAGGGAUAUAAUCUACAGAGCCUGGACCCGGGGAGCUUUCCUGCUAUAAGAUAUUAAGAUGAGCACAGAGGCUGUUGAACAGACAGAAUCUCAGCAUGAACAAGCUGACAUUGAACAAAACGGCUUCACCAGACAAAUUAAGACUGAGAACCUGAAUGAUUCACCUCAUUCUGGAGCGUCCCACAAGACAUGCCACUUGACUCAGGGAUCACCGGUGCAUGGAGGUCACCUCACUGGGGAGCUGUCCUCCCUGCACCCUCUGCCCCAGCUCGUCCUGAUGUCUGGAUCUCACCUGUCCUCUCCUUCAUCAUUUCUCCUCUCACAGGCCCAGUCAGGACACCAAGCACUGCUGCAGCCCAAUCUGCUUUCCUUGCCCUCCCAGUCCCAGACAGGACUCCUGCCGCACCAGCCUGGUCUCGCACUCACACCCCAGGCAAUGGGCAGGUCAGGUCUGGCCAGCUCCUCAAUGGACGGACACCUGGAUAUGUCUCACUUACAGGUGCCUAAACAUAUGGGGUCACCACAAGAUGAACCCAGUGACCUGGAGGAACUCGAGCAGUUUGCCAAAGCCUUCAAACAGAGACGCAUCAAACUAGGCUUUACUCAGGGUGACGUGGGUCUGGCCAUGGGAAAGUUGUAUGGAAAUGACUUCAGUCAGACUACAAUCUCACGCUUUGAGGCUCUCAAUCUAAGCUUCAAAAACAUGUGCAAGCUCAAGCCCUUGCUGGAGAAGUGGCUGAGUGACGCAGAGAACUCACCAUCCGACUCCAUGACCAGCCCCACCACCUUACCACCCCUUAUGGAGGGUUAUGGGAGGAAGAGGAAAAAGAGGACAAGCAUUGAAACUAACAUCAAACUCACACUAGAGAAACGCUUUUUAGAUAACCCAAAACCCAACUCUGAAGAGAUCACACUCAUCUCAGAGCAGUUGUCCAUGGAGAAAGAAGUAGUGCGGGUUUGGUUCUGCAACCGCCGGCAGAAAGAGAAGCGGAUAUACUGCCCCAUCUCCAGUUCACCCAUAAAGUCUCACAACUACAACCCUCGUCUGCCUUCAACUUCCCGCUCAUUCAGUCCACUCGCCACUGGAGGUGUGUCAUCAAGCUCCUCCCCCAGCAGUCCCAGUCGAGGCUCCUCCCCCAGCACUCUGUCCACUACAUCCAGUCCACUGACCGCACAGGGGGUCAACCAGACGUUCAACACCACAGGAUCCUGGUAUCGCUGGAACACCACAUCAUACCACCACUGAGCCCCCCUGAAGGCAACAGCAUCACU